AGCUGUCGGACUGAAGCUAUAAAGCAAGUGAAGACUGAGGCGACACAGACUAUCACAGACUUGGACCACACUGAGAUCAAGCGGAUUUAAUUGGAUCUUUUUGAAGCGAAUGGUUUUAAAGGUGCAGAGGAGGCAUCACUCUCACGGCUGUAAGGAUGCAGGUGUCGGGAUUGAGGAUUAAGCUGUGGUGUCCGCUUAUCUCUCUGGCUCUGAUUCAGUUUUUCACCCCUGUUUCGGCUCAAGUUCCAGCCCCUCGAAGACUUCGAUUUAAAGUUCUGAGUGCAGGCAUGCUGCUUGUCUCAUGGAGGGAACCAAAAGGAGAAUAUGAUGGCUACAAAUUUAUAUAUAAUAGUGAACCAGGUGGGGAGACGAACAAGCUGCAAAAUGCAAAAGGAGAGAAUAUAGCAAUAAUAAAGGAUUUUAAUCCCAAUAAGGAGUAUACAGUCAAGGUUAUAGCUGUGAGUGGAAACCAGCACAGCAGAGCACUUCAGGGAAAAUAUUCUGAAGGCAAAGGCAGUGAUGGAGAUUCCACUCAGCCUCAAAGACUCAAAGAGCGCAGGCCUGUAGAGGAGGGCAAUGAGAUUUCAGCAGUGGAGCAGUUUGUCUGCACAAGUCACGUCAGUGCUGAUAUUGUCAUCUUGGUCGAUGGCUCUUGGAGUAUUGGAAGAAUCAAUUUUCGUCUGGUUCGCAUGUUCCUGGAAAACGUGGUCAAUGCCUUUGAUGUGGGAAUAGACAAAACCCGGAUCGGUCUGGCCCAGUACAGUGGAGAUCCGAGGAUUGAAUGGCACUUGAAUGGCUUCAGCACAAAAGAUGCAGUGUUAGAUGCUGUCAAAAAUCUGCCAUACAAGGGAGGCAACACUCUCACAGGUCUUGCUCUCACCUACAUCCUGGAGAACAGCUUCAAACCUGAGUCUGGGGCUCGUAUGGAUGUCCCCAAAAUUGGAAUCCUGAUAACUGAUGGAAAAUCCCAGGAUGACGUCAUCCCACCUGCUCAGAUCUUGAGAGAAGCUGGAGUCGAGUUGUUUGCCAUUGGUGUAAAGAACGCAGAUGAAAACGAGUUGAAGGCCAUCGCUUCUGAACCGGACGAGACACACGUUUAUAAUGUUGCUGACUUCAGUAUCAUGAGCACAAUAGUGGAAGGUCUGACCAGGACUAUGUGUGAUGGAGUGGAUCAGCAGGACAAAGAAAUAAAACAAGAUUCUUAUCCUGAAGAGACAGCAUUCCCACCUCGGGACUUGGUCAUUUCUGAAGUGACUGCACACAGUUUCCAUGUGUCCUGGACUCACGCGCCCGGCAAUGUGGAAGGAUAUCGUGUGGUUUACCAUACAACCAGAGCAGACGUGCUGGAAGAGAUUGUGGUGAGUGGCACUGAGAAUUCUGUCCUACUGCAGAAUUUGAACUCUCUGACUGAGUACGAGAUCGCUGUGUUUGCUUUAUACCGCAGCUCAGCAAGUGACGCACUCAGGGGCAACGAGAUCACAUUGGCUCUACCUACAGUGAGUGAUUUUGAACUGUACGACGUGACUGACAAUAGCAUGAAAGCUCGCUGGAGGGACGCACAAGGGGCUUCUGGAUACAUGAUACUGUACGCUCCACUGAGCACUGACAAUAUAGAUGAAAGAGAGCUGAAGGUGGAUGAGACUGUGAAUUAUGUGGAACUGAAGGGCUUGAUUCCUGAUACAGAGUACUCCGUGACGGUCUAUGCCAUGUUUGGAGAGGAGGCCAGUGAUCCAGCUACUGCUCAAGAGACCACCAUGUACCUGAGGCCUCCACAUAAUCUGCAGAUCACUGAAGUUGACCACAGCUCUGUCCGACUCAACUGGGAUGCAGUGUCCAGUAAGGUUAAGGGCUACCUUGUCCUGUAUAUCAAGACAGAUGGUGUCCAUACCAAUGAGGUGGUGUUGGGUCCAGUCACCAAUGUGUACCUUAAGAACUUGUCACCCUCAACAGAGUACACCGUGGCAGUUUUUGCUAUUUAUGAUGCUGGCCAAUCAGAGCCACUCAGUGGAGGAUUCACUACAAAGCUCGUGCCACCCCCAUUCAGCCUGAUGACUACUGAGGUCACCUCAGAUAGUCUCCAGAUGAGAUGGUCACACCCUGCCAGGGAUGUGGUGCUCUAUAAGCUGGCCUGGUCAGCAACUGGAGGAGGAGACGAGAGAGAGAUGCUGCUGAAUGGAGCUGUGGACUCGUAUGUGAUUCAAAACCUGUCUCCUCUCACAAACUAUAAGGUGUCACUAUCGGCCGUCUAUAAAGACGAGACAGAGAGCAUUGCUGUGAUCUUGUUAGAAAACACAUUGGGCUGGACCACAGCUCCAACCACCCUCGCCUUCACCACAGCAAUUGUUCGACAGGGCGUGACUAACCUGCGGGUGGAUGAUGAGACCCCCUUCAGUCUACAAGUGAGCUGGGAGGUGCUGGACUCAGAUGUGAAGCAGUACAAAGUGGCAUAUGUCAGUGCAGACCAUGCAGAGGAGACAGUGUUAGUCCCGGAAAACAGGAUGAGAGUGAUCCUGCAACCUCUCCUCUCAGAAACAGAGUACAAGAUCACAGUGACCCCUAUUUAUGCAGAUGGAGAGUCCACCUUACUAUCCAUGGCCUCUUCUGGCAAAACAUUGGCAUUAUCUGCUCCCAGUAACCUUAGAGUGUCUGAGGAGUGGUACAAUAGCUUCCGCAUCAGCUGGGACACCCCUCAAAUCACCACUUUGGGUUACAAGGUCAUUUAUCAGCCCAUCUCUGUGCCAGGUCGAGCUCUAGAGACAUUUGUAGGGGAUGAUGUGGACACCAUGCGGCUCCUCAAUCUGCUAAGUGGCACAGAGUACAGUAUCCAGGUCAUUGCAUUCUACACCAGUGGAUCCAGUCAACCCCUCACCGGCAAGGGCAGGACACUGUUCCUGGGGGUGAAUCAUCUCAACACAUACCAGGUGCACAGUACCAGCAUGUGUGCACAAUGGAAGCCUCAACACAAUGCCUCUCUCUUCAGGGUCGUCAUUGAGUCAAUGCUCAAUGGACAGAAACAGGAAGUGAAGAUUGGCGGCGGUGUAUCCAGGCAGUGCUUCUUUAAACUUUCUCCCAACACCCAGUACAAAAUCAGCGUCUUCACUCUUUUACAGGAUUUGGAGGGCCCAGCUGUCAUCACCAUGGCAACUACUUCUCCAGCACCGACCCAACCACCAACUCCACCACCUACUACAAUCCCUCCUCCUACCAUACCUCCAGCUAAAGAAGUUUGUAAAGCAGCCAAGGCAGACCUGGCUUUCCUUGUAGAUGGCUCGUGGAGUAUCGGUGAUGACAACUUUCAGAAGAUUAUCCGCUUCCUAUACAGCACAACUGGUGCGCUCGACGUGAUUGGCCCAGAGGGAACACAGGUGGCCAUUGCUCAGUUCAGUGACGAUGCCAGGACUGAGUUCAAGCUCAGCUCCUAUAGUGACAAGGAGUCUCUACUGGACGCUGUGCAGCGCAUCUCCUACAAGGGUGGAAACACCAAGACAGGCCGAGCCAUUAAGCAUGUUAAGGAGGCCAUCUUUACUGAGGAUGCUGGUGUAAGGAGGGGAAUUCCUAAAGUGCUGGUGGUGCUCACAGACGGACGGUCACAGGAUGAUGUCAAUAAGAUCUCCAAGGAGAUGCAGAUGGAGGGCUACAUAAUCUUUGCCAUUGGCUUUGCCGAUGCUGACUAUGGGGAGCUGGUGAACAUUGCCAGCAAACCUAGCGAGAGACAUGUGUUCUUUGUAGACGAUUUGGAUGCUUUCAAGAAAAUUGAAGAACAGCUCAUAACUUUUGUCUGUGAGGCUGCGACUGCCACUUGCCCCUCUGUGUUAAUGAGUGGGAACACUUUAGCCGGCUUCCGAAUGAUGGAGAUGUUUGGUUUGGUUGAAAAGCGCUACAGCAGUGUGCAAGGUGUCUCAAUGGAGCCUGGAACCUUCAACAGCUUCCCCUGUUACAGGCUACACAAGGACGCAUUCAUCUCCCAGCCUACCAGGUAUCUACAUCCUGAAGGCCUUCCAUCUGACUACACGAUAACGGUGCUCUUCCGCAUACUGCCUGAAACUCCUCAGGAGCCUUUUGCAUUGUGGGAAAUACUUGACAAAAACAAUCAGCCACUGAUUGGCAUUAUCCUGGACAAUGGAGGGAAAACAUUAACCUUCUUCAGUCACGACUACAAGGGAGAUUUUCAAACGGUGGCUUUUGAAGAAACCGAAAUUAAAAAAAUGUUCUAUGGCAGUUUCCAUAAGCUUCAUGUGGCCAUCAGCAAAACCACAGCCAAAGUGGUGAUCGACUGCAAAACAGUGGGAGAGAAACCCAUCAAUGCCGCAGGGAACAUCACCAUUGAUGGAGUCGUGGUUCUGGGACGUAUGGUCCGCUCUAGUGGAAGGAAGGACAACUCAGCACCGUUUCAGCUCCAAAUGUUUGACAUAGUCUGCAGUACAUCAUGGGCCAGUCGUGAUAAGUGCUGUGAACUCCCAGGAUUGAGAGAAGAACAGGACUGUCCUGCCAUGCCCCAUGCCUGCACCUGUGCUCAGGAAAGCAAAGGACCACCCGGACCUUCUGGACCACCAGGUGGUCCAGGUAUUAGAGGUUCAAGAGGAGAUCGAGGGGAGCCAGGCUUGAUGGGGCGUCAAGGGCUACCUGGUGAGAUUGGACCUUCAGGACCACAGGGGCCACCAGGUCCUCAGGGGCCAAAUGGACUGUCCAUUCAGGGGCCACCGGGGGCACUAGGAGAGAAAGGAGAGAAGGGUGAAACCGGUCUGCCAGGCCCUCAGGGUGUACCAGGUGCCAGUGGAGGGCCUGGCAGAGAAGGACCUCCAGGACAGAGAGGGCUGCCUGGUAAAGAUGGACCCCAGGGACGAGUAGGUCCUCCAGGACCCAUGGGAAGCCCUGGGGCACCUGGGGCCCCAGGAUCAAGUGGACCACCAGGACCAAUGGGUGAUCAGGGACUGCCCGGGCCUCUUGGCACUAAAGGCGAGCGGGGGGAGAGGGGUGACAUGCAGUCUCAGGCGGUUGUCCGUGCCAUAGCACGACAAGUUUGCGAGCAGCUAAUUCAGAGUCAUAUGUCUCACUACAACUCCAUCCUGAACCAGAUUCCUAGUCAGACUGUUUCAGUACGGACAGUACCAGGUCCUCCAGGUGAGCCUGGUCGGCCGGGGCCUCCGGGGCCACAAGGAGAGCAGGGUCCAUCUGGCAGACCAGGAUUCCCUGGAGCCAGUGGACAAAACAGCCGUCAAGGAGAGAGAGGUCUACCGGGAGAAAGAGGCGAGAAAGGCAGCCCAGGGGUAGGGACACAGGGCCCCCGCGGUCCCCCAGGACCCCAAGGGCCUCCAGGAGAAGGUCGAACAGGCAGUCAGGGCCCUCCAGGGAGACCUGGCAUUCUGGGCACCCCUGGACAUCCAGGUACCCCUGGUAACCCUGGCCCUGCAGGUCCCCCUGGCUACUGCGACCAGAACUCCUGCCUCGGGUACAACGGUGGAGGUCCAGAGCAGUAUGGGAAUGACUACUGAGAAACAUUCUCUAAGAGCUAACUGCUCUUCCCAUCGCUCCCCUUCUAUAUCCCACCCUCCUUCCAUGGGAUGAAACCAAAGACUUUAUCUGGGGAAUUUUUUUCCCCAAAUCACCAGAACUCCAAGAUCUCCUCCUGCAAUCCCUUCUGGUUCCCCAACCCUGUCCCCAAUGUCACCACCAUUACAAAGCCAUUCCCUUUUUAACCCCUCUGAACAUCAUACAAGCAUCAGUUUCAGUCUGCUUGACCACUGUGAUGCUCAUGUAGAUCUUAUUUGGUCUUGACCUGACACAUUCUGAGGUUGUAGAGUAAAAUGUGUCAUAUUUUACUGUACAACAUUUUCUGACACUACCUUUCUUAAAAUUUGAGUUCUUUAAAACCUGCAUCUGAAUUCCCAUACUUCCAGAGUAUGUUCUGAAUUGAAUUAAGUACCUGAAUAAACUACCUAUAGCACUUUUGCUUCAAAACAGAAUCACUUGGCUCACAAUUCUACACCUUAUUUAAUGCAACUUUUCAAAUCUGCUACAUAUUCAGACAUACUCAUUUGGCACUUUUUGCAAACUAUAUGGUAUGGAAGUAUGCAUAUUUGGAUGUGGGACAUUUCUAAACUAAGCUAAUUGCUGGAAAGUUUCAAAGUCUGCUCAAAUCUCUUCUUCCUGUCUGUUCUGACAUUAUGCCUUUAUCUCUUUGCUACUUCCUUCUCUUGCUAACUCAACGCCUGCUCACUUGGUGGUGGUGACUGAAAAAGAUGACAACCAAUCUAAUUCCCCCAUGUUCCCAUAGUACAACAGUUACCCUCAGGCCCCUACCAAAACUACGGCCCUGCCACAAACUAUAACAACAACGAGGAGGAUGAGGAGGACCCUUAUGAUGGCUACCCUCCUCUGUACUACCAACCCAGCAACCAUGACCCCCAUGCCUUCAGGCCUGGCCCCGUCCACCCUGGUGACAUGCCAGGGAUGAGGUCACCUGGCAUGCAUCGCUUCUCUCGUAGCACGACUGAAGAGGGGAGCGUUGAUGAGUCGGGAGCGUAGGUGAAGGCCUAACAGCUUGGGUGACCAGCCCCAGCAAACCGACCAUUCACACACUUUUCAUCAGAAUAUCCUGCAGGAUAGGAUUGAGGGAACUCUGAAAAGUGCCUGCUAUAUGGAUCCUUACGGGGAGUGGGUGGGUAUUGUAUGGAGAAGAUUGGAAAAUGAAACUGUGCCGAUAUCCAUUCAGUGACUUUUCUGCCAUUUGUGAGUUUGCAUGUGCCAAAUAAGACAACAAACAAGUUUAAACAAAGCAGUGGUUUGAGUUAUGUGUAGUCCAUAUCUUUUGUAAAUGAUAAUGGGGGAUAUCUGUAGUUUUUGUCAUUUUUAAAGGAUAGUUUACCAAAAAAUUUGAAUUGUCGUAAUUUGUUCACCCUCGUGCCCAGUAUUAUUUUCUUCCAUUAAACACAAAAUAAGAUCUUGCGCAUAAUGUCUGAGUAGCUCUUUUCCAGACAACAAAAGUGGAUAGUGAUUCUAAAUACAUAUCUUAUGGAGUUAUUGAUGCACUGUGAAUGAUGCCGAAUCGGUUGAAACGAAUGUGAAACUGAAUCAGUCUCCCUACAUUCUCAAACUACUUACACUGGCAGCCAAAAGUUUGGA